AUGAACCUGGACUUAAACGCAAAAUCCAGCAGUGUUGCUGUGGCAUCCUCCGCCUGGAGCCCAGAGAUCACAGACGAGCUGGUCAAGGUGCUGCGCAAGCGCCUGGAUGAGACCACCUUGGACAUCAUCACUGUCAUGCUUGUCAGGAACUGCAAGCUGACCCCAGCUGAUGUGGAAUUCAUCCAGCCAUCAGGAUCUCCAGCCACCGAGGUAAUGAACUUCAGACUCCCCCAGUACUGUCUUCCCUGGCUGCCCGCUGUGGCUCACUACCUCAGGCAGAACCUCCUCAUCUUCCUGCAUAUACCCAAGUACACCGACAGCAACACAGCACACCACUUCAAGCACUACUUCCAUAUGAGCAGCGACUUGGCUGACGGUGAUCUCUACCUCUACAAUAAACCUGGAGGCCAGGGGACGGGAGGCAAAGGUAUUGCCUGCAUCGCCCUCUCAUUUGUGGAUGCCCAUGGUCGUCCCCUCCAGGUUCCAGCUCAGGACUGUGCUACACUGCAGAGAUCAGAGAACUGCACCAUCCCCUUUCAUCCGGACCAUUUCGAUGAGCUGACCACUGUGUGCAAAGUGUACUCCAUCGAUGUCAGCUCAGGCACAGAGCCACAGCUGUAUGUGCAGUUUGACAUCUGGGAACAAGGCAACGUCAGCCCCUUACAGUUAAGUGAUAAACUGCAGGGGGCACUUCGCCACGCACUCUGUGAUGUUGUCAUGGAGCUGAGAGUUUUGCCAAAUCCUCUUUGUCUAGGGGUGCUGUGCCCCACAUCCAAAUCUCAGAAAGAAGAGGCUACAGGAGUGUUGAUUCCUGAGGUGAAAGAAGUGAAGGACAGCCCCAGGCAGCGCAGUAGUACAAGAGUCUUUAAAACCAGCCCUUCUCCCAUCACCUUAACCCAAGCUCCGGGAAGCACCCCCAUGACAGGGACAAGCACACCCGAGUCCACCACACCCACUAGCAAGAGCAUUCGCCGGAGCUUCUGGGACAUACUGAGUAAGCCAGACUCAUCAGAGCUCGGGAGCCCAAAGACAACUGACGACAUAGUGCAAGAAAAAGGAGAGGAGGGUCGAGCAGCACGACGAAGACACAAAACGGAGAACGUAAAGCAGCAGUGGAGCCAGGAGAAAGCUAUGGCUGUGGAGCUGGAGCAGGCCCAGAGGAGGCAGGCGUCUCAUUUGGAAGAGGGCGAUGCGGGCACUCUACACCCCAUCUACCAAGUCACCUGCCAGCCAUGGAUCACCUUCAUGGCUAAACUUGGCUGCCACUCCAUACAACAGUGCACGGCUGAAAUUGCUUCACACUUCCUGCUACCUUCCAUCUUGGCAGAGAUUGUGAAUUUGGUCAGUUCUCUGGCCAGUGAUACAACAGUGAAGGCAUUUGAGAAGACAAGCUGUCCCCCAUCUGGAGACAUGUUUGUACCAUUCCCUCUGGUCCAGAACCUCAGACAGCCUCCAGGCACUACAAGGAGCUUCAUUCUCAUUGGUCGCAACUUCCAUCAGUGGCACUGUAGCACAGAGCAAGCUCAUAAAGGUUUCCAGCGCUUCGAGGCUCUGGAGCAGAGUGACGGUUCAGUCCUAGCCAGGCCGGGGCAGGACGGCUCCCCGCCAGAGGGAGUGGCUGUAAUGGCUUACUGCUGUUAUGAGUCAUCUGAGGGAAACCAGAGAAAGAGACAGGGGGAAGAGAUGAGUUUGCGGUAG